UUUAGGUUUUCAGCUACAUGUUUCCCAUUUUCCCUCGAUUCGCGACGCUUCCGGCGAGAUCGAACCGGGCGAGAGCUUGGGAUGGUGUUGAUGAUGGCGAGAUGGGCCGACAGAGCAGCGGGUCUCCUGAACUCAGCGAAGUCCCCUGGCAAUAUUGCAUCGAAGCUGGACCAGUUGCGCCAGUUGAGAGAUGUCCUCCUCAUUCGGGACUCCACCCUCCUGCCGGAGUUUGCGCCACGGCUGACUGAAUUGGAGGUCCAGCUUCCUGGUGCCGCCCGAAAGCUUCUUGCCGAGAUACUCGGUGAGAUUGGAAAAGAGCAUGUAGAACUUCUGCCUGCUAUUGUUCCUACACUAAUAACAUAUUUGAAGGAUGAAACACCACCAGUUGCUCGACAAGCAAUUGUGACCGGGACUUCUUUAUUUUGCAAUUCUCUCGUGAAGAUUGCAAUUCAGGGUUUAAAUUCAAGUGAGUUAGAUGAAACACUGAAGUCAUCCUGGGCAGCGAUGCUCAAAUUAAAAAAUGCAGUACUUCCAUUAGCAAUCCAGCCUGGUAUUGAUGGUGUAAGGCUGUUAGCUGUGAAGUUUAUUGAGGCAAUGGUUCUCCUUUAUACACCUGAUCCAACUUUGCCGUCAGAUCCUCCCCAAGAAAUUGAUGGGCUUCAGUUUAGCAUAUCAUGGUUAAAGGGAGGCCACCCUCUCCUUAAUGUUGGGGAUUUGGCGAUUGAAGCUGGUCAAAGUUUGAGACUAUUGCUUGAUCAACUUAAGUUUCCCCAAGUGAAGUUCCUCAGCAACUCCAUAGUUAUAGUGCUGAUUAAUAGUGUCUCAGUUAUUGCAAAGAGGAGGCCAUCUUUUUAUGGUCGCAUAUUACCAGUUCUGCUUUCUCUGGAUCCUGAGUUGUCCGUUAUCAAAGGAGUACAGGUUCCUGGGGCACACCAUGCCUUGAAGAAUGCCUUUAUGGCGUGUUUGCAAUGUACACAUUCAAGUGCAGCACCGUGGCGUGCUCGGUUGGUUGAAGCUCUAAGAGUCAUGAACGGUGGAGAGCCUGGGGAAGAACUAGUUAAGAAUGAACUAGUUAAGAAUGAGAAAAGUCCUGAAGCUCCAGCUACUGUUAUGGGUUGUUAUGUGUCUAGUAAGGAGGAGAAAUCCUUGUUGCAAGCUUCUGAUGAGGUACAUAGUGAUCUGAGUCGUAAAAGAUCUCUAAAUGAAGAGUCCCAAGAUGCCUUAGCAGAUGAUUUUGUAUCUGAGAAGCGGAUUAGACAAUCACCCACUGUCAAAGAUUCUGUUCAAAUUGGUCUCGUACCAGUUAAGAAUGAGCAUGCCUCCUGCGAUUCUUUGCCUUCUACCAGGGAUGGAGACUCUGGUCCAGUACUUCAACUUGUUGGAAUGUUUGGUGCCUUGGUUGCCCAAGGGGAAAAAGCUUCUGAACCAUUGGAGAUUCUUAUUUCAAGCAUUUCUUCUGAUUUACUUGCAGAGGUUGUUCUGGCUAAUAUGCGACAUCUUCCAUCUUCUAGUCCUAUGGCAGAUGAUGAGGAUGAAUCAAACCACUCCAUGAGCAGUCUCUCUGAUCUUAAGUCUUCAACUUCUGCUUCAAAUGCUUUCUCUUUAUCAAGUGCAUUUUCUUUAGUCACAGCCCGGUUAAAAUCACAACAGUUGUCUCAAGAUAUGAAUGCAGUUCACAUCAAACAUGAAGAGGACGUUACAAUUAAGGAGGAAAAUAAAGUCACUAGCUCUAGCGCAGAUCAUGCUCUGAUAGGGCCAGAGAUGCAUCCAUCUGUGGCCACAAGUUCAUUCUUUAUCGAGAAAAAUAAUGCGGGGUUACAACUGUAUGAGAACGAUUCUGAAGCAGGAGAGGGUAAAAUACCUGGUCUUGAUUCAAGUACUUGUUUCAACGAAACGCUGGAGUUACCCGAUGCAUCCCUUGUUUUGGAUGAAAUUAAGGAGGCAACUCUAGAGCAUGCCAUAAGUUCAGGUGUUGUAGUAUCACUUGAUAUUUCUCCAUCCACUUCUACGGUUAGUUAUUCUAUGGAGACCUUUAGCCCAAGGGCUACAGCCACAGAUGCAAGUGAGACACCUUCCACAGCAUCUCAUGUCUCCUCUUCACAAUAUUUCCUUCCGAAGAUGGUGCUAUGCAACAUAGACCUGACCGAUGACCAAAAGGAUCAGCUACAAAAAGUGGCAUUUAUGCGCAUCCUUGAUGCAUACAAGCAAGUAACAGUUUCUGGGGGAUCAAGCGUUCAUUUAUCUUUACUUGCCCAUCUAGGAACCGAGUUUCCUUUAGAUUUGGAUCCUUGGGGAGUUCUGCAAAAACAUGUAGUGUCUGAUUACGUGAAUCAUGAGGGACACGAGUUGACAUUACGUGUACUAUACAGGUUGUAUCGAGAGGCUGAACAGGACCAGGAUUUUCUUUCAUCAAGGACAGCUACAUCAGUUUAUGAAACAUUUUUGCUCGAUGUGGCUGAAGCUCUUCGGGACACUUUUUCAGCGUCAGAUAAAUCUCUUGGCAGAUUACUCGGGGAAGUACCAUACCUCUCCGAAAGUGUUUUGAGAAUGUUAGAGUGUUUGUGUUCGCCUGAGAGCAAAGAGAAGCUGGAAACUGACUUUCAACAUGGUGAUAGAGUCACUCAAGGCCUAAGUGCUGUUUGGAGUCUAAUUUUGCUCAGGCCCUCUAGCAGAGAUAGAUGUCUUCAGAUUGUUUUGCAGAGUGCCGUUCAUCACUUGGAGGAAGUGCGUAUGAAGGCAAUACGUUUGGUAGCAAAUAAGUUGUUUCCAAUGUCAAAUAUUUCUCAAAAGAUUGAAGAUUUUGCUUCGGAAAAGCUUCGUUCAGUGCUAGAUGAUCUUCCUUCCCCAGAUGAUGCAAGUGCCAAUGAAUCAUCUCCCACUCUGCAAAAGAUUUGUAUUAUACUCUUAUCUUCACAGGAAGGUGAUUUGAGAAAGCCCUCUAGCAGAGUGCCACCGUUUUCUGGUUCUGUGAAUACCGAAUCCGUAUCUGAGGGUCUUUCAAUAAAAAGUGCUGCAUCUUCUUUUUUAGAAGCCCAAAGAUGUAUUUCACUUUAUUUUGCACUUUGUACUAAGAAGCAUUCCCUUCUCCGGCAAAUUUUUGCUAUUUACAAGCGUAUUCCUAAGGCUGCGAUUGAGGCAGUUCAUCGGCAUAUUCCCAUAUUGGUCCGAACAAUAGGAUCAUCACCUGAACUCCUUAGCAUUGUCUUGGAUCCUCCUCCUGGAAGCGAUGGCUUACUUAUGCUGGUUUUACAGAUUUUAACAGAUGGAGCAGUUCCCUCUCAAGAAUUGAUCUCAUCUGUUAAGAGGUUAUAUAACUCCAAAUUGAAGGAUGCUGAAAUUCUUAUUCCUAUAUUAUCAUUUCUUUCAAAAGAUGAGAUUCUUCCUCUUAUACCUCAGUUUGUUAGUCUUCCAUCGGAUAAGUUCCAGGUUGUGCUUACUCGCAUACUUCAGGGUUCAACUCAAUCUGGUGAUUCACUGACCCCUGCUGAAAUUCUAAUUUCUAUUCAUGGUAUUGAUUCUGAGAAAGAUGGGGUACCUUUGAAAAAGAUUAUGGAUGCUUGUUCUGCAUGCUUUGAGCAGCGGCUUGUGUUCACUCAACAAGUUUUAGCAAAGGUUUUGAAUCAAUUGGUUGAACAGAUUCCUCUUCCUUUGUUGUUUAUGCGUACUGUCAUACAAGCAAUUGGUGUUUUCCCUGGUUUGGUGGAUUUUGUAAUGGAAAUUUUAUCACGGCUUGUAAGCAAACAGAUAUGGAAAUAUCCGAAGUUGUGGGUUGGAUUCUUGAAGUGCGCUCUCCAAACAAAACCUCAAUCAUUCAAUGUGUUGUUGCAGUUGCCAGCAGCUCAGCUUGAGAAUGCCUUGAGCAAGAACCCAGUGCUGAAGUCCCCAUUGAUGGAGCAUGCUAAUCAACCAAACAUAAGAUCAACUCUUCCCAGAUCAUCUCUAGUGGUUCUUGGAUUGGCAAAUGAUCCCCAAAGGUCAGGUCAGGUUUCGCAAACAUCCGGUCAGGUGCAACAAAUAAAUCAAAAUCAAUCUGCUGACACAGCCAGCUCCACCGCAGAUCCAGCAGCUGAAGUAACUCAAUAAUACAGUAUGCUUGAUUCUUUUCAUGUUGUGAGAAUUCGUGCUUGCUUGAAAGAUCACAGAGAGAUUAGGAUUGGCUCGUCCUUGGAGAUUUGAGCUGAUUAUCAAACUUCUGCUGCCCUUAAAGUUGAGAUAAUUCUUCUAUCCUCUCUUGUUUUAAAUUCUUAUUCAGCUAAUGAAAUUGCUGUUUGCAGUAUGAUUGUGUUAUUUUUAUGAUUGAGAAAUGUACAAAGUGAAAUCUGGUCUCAGCUGGUCCCUUGAUUCAUGCGGCUUAAUAUUUUCCGUCAAUUUGGGCCUGUAGCGCUUUAGAGUUUCAUCUUUUUUAUCUCGUGAAGCUUUUUAUCAAUAUGUGAUUGUUUACUGCAGUUGUGUGGUAAAACUAUCCUGCAGAAGUGAUAGUUUUUA